UUUCUAUCUCAUUCAAGACAAUGAUAUUCAACAACGGGCUCAAAGCCCUAUUGACGUUGGUGGCCUUAUCUGGGUAUGUCUUGGCUGCGGUUACCCACCAGCAGGAAAGUGCGCCUGCCAUCAAGAUUUUUGCCCCAACGGUGGAACAAGCUAUGGUCAAGAAUAUGGGUAGCAUUCCUUUUGCUGUCAAUCCCUCUUAUAUCCUGGCCGGUGGUAAAUCGAUUAGGAAAUAUAAGAAACAAAUUGGCACGGCAAAUGCCACUUUCAUUAUUCUUGCACGCAACAGUGAAGCAGGCGGCUUGGUCCAGUCCAUAACACAGCUCGAGAAGGUGUUCAAUUCGAAGUAUCAUUACCCAUACGUCAUUUUAAACGAUGCUCACUUCACUGAGGAAUUCAUAAACACCAUUCUCAACCUCACUGAAUCCGAAGUGAAGUUCGGCUUUGUCGAUAAGGACAUGUGGGGAUAUCCUGAUUGGGUCGAUCAAAAGAAAGCUGCUGAUGGUCGUGCAAAAGCUGUUAAGGACGGUGUUCCAUAUGCAGACAGCGAAAGUUAUCGACAUAUGUGCAGAUUCCAGUCAGGCUACUUUUUCAGACAUCCUUUGAUGAUGGACUAUCAGUACUACUGGCGUGUCGAGCCGGGUGUCAGCUAUCACUGUGAUAUUGACUAUGAUGUCUUUGGUUUAAUGGCUGCCAAGAAGUACAAAUAUGGCUGGACUCUCUCCUUAACUGACUACCCAAACACCUUACAAACCUUCUGGCACACCGUUGUUGAUUGGAUGAAGCAACACCCCGAAUGGAUGACAACAGGCAACAGCAGUAUUUCAAAAUGGAUACACGACGACGACAAAAAUGAGACAUACAACUUUUGCCACUUCUGGAGCAACUUUGAGGUCGGUGACUUGAACUGGCUACGAUCAGAGCAAUACGUAUCCUAUUUCGAGCAUUUAGACAAGUCCGGUGGCUUCUUCUACGAAAGAUGGGGAGAUGCUCCAGUUCACUCUGUUGCAGUAGCUCUUAUGCUUAAAGAGAGCGAAGUUCAUUUCUUCAACGACAUUGGCUACACCCAUCCUCCUUUUAUGCACUGCCCAACCGAGCCUGAGAUGAAAUCCAAGUGCAAUUGCGACCCUACAAAGACUUUUGAAACAGGCACUUGGCAAUGCAAUCCUCGUAUGGCUAAGAUUGCUCCCAAUUACAAGUGGUCUAUGGACCAACUAAAACAAGAGACUAAGCCAUUUGCUUACAAGAAAUUGUAAGAUACACCUAUUGGUUGCUUUAACCAAGAGCAUCCCUGUUGAACAGUCAGCUGCAUCGCACAUACUGUUCAAUGGCCAUACCACGAACCUAGAAUCCGCGUCAUCCAUUUUUUUUCCUCAGCCAAUCCCUUUUACUGUAUCUCCCGUCUUGGGGCAGGACAAUUCCAACAUUCCUGCGAUAACAAUAAAUCAU